AUGCCACCUCCAACCCUCCCCUCUUCCCCGGGUCUCACUCUAACGCCAGAGCCCCUCACCCGCACCUCCUUCGCACCCUUUGGCACUGCAAUCAUCCCCCCUCUCCCCCACAACACUACCAGCGCCCCCGAUCCGUUAUCAAGCCACCCUAAGCAUGACCUCGUCCCAGAGCCAGUGGCCGCCAACCAGCUCUCCGCGCUAAAAUACUCCCCCAUCUCGCCUCUCCUCAACAACUACCCCGGAAAAUGUCCGAGCGGGAAAGCGUCUGAGGCGAGGAUGAGCAUGUUUAGCUGUUUCCCGCGCAAGUUGCGGACAGCCACUACCAGUGGUGGAAAUGAUACAUCUGCAUCUCUCUUCGACGUGACAAUCCUCGAACGACACCCGUACACAACGCAGACAUUCUCCCCCCUUGCCCUCUCCACGGAUGAAGAAACAAUCUACCUCGUCAUCGUCGCCCCGACGCUUACGGGCCAGACUGCGAUUGCGAAAACAGAUGAAGGGGAAAAAGUGACGAUUCGUGACCCACCGGAUUUGUCAAGGAUCAAGGCGUUCUGGGCCACAGGGGCCCAGGCGGUUACGUAUGGGGCGGGGACGUGGCAUGCGCCGAUGGUGGUUGUGGGGACGAGGAGGGUGGACUUUGUGGUUUCGCAGUUUGUCAAUGGAGUUGCGGAGGAGGAUUGUCAGGAGGUGAGGUUUCCGCAAGGGUUGGUUGUUGAGGUUGGAUCUGGUGGAACUCGUGGUGAGAAGGUGGGGGUGAAGGCGAGGUUAUGA